GCCCUUCCCUUCGUCCAUGCGCUUACUGUCAAUAACCCGAACACUACCGUCUCCUCUGCAGGUCCAAUCACAGUGACGUGGACAAUGUCCGCCGGCGACCCCGAUACGUUCUCUAUUGAACUGAUCAAUCAAGGGUUCAAUCGACAGUUCGCCAUUGCGAACAAUGUGGAUGCAGACCUACAGUCGAUAACUUUGUCAUUGCCUGAACUUCCAACUGGGAGUGGCUUUACAAUCCAGCUAGUGAACGUUUCGAAUAUCAACGAUGUUUUCGCUCAGACAGGCGACUUCUCCGUUGCUGCAGCAUCGUCCUCAUCUACAAGUGCUAGCUCAACUGCAAGCAAUAGCGCUUCCUUGAUAUCGGCGUCGGCGAUCGCAACAACCUCUUCACGCUCUGUCACCAGCUCUUCACGCUCUGUCGCUGCAUCAUCCGCCGGGUCUGCUUCUGCAUCCUCUACCGGGAGCCUCAACUCUGCUUCCAGGCUUGAGCUAGGCUCAGGUGGUGCUUUGGCGGCGAUGUUG